CGGCAGUGAGCAAGAGCCAAUCAGAGCAGGGUGGCGGAGCAAAGCAACACGCGAAGCAAGCAACACGCGAAGCAAGCACACUCACACGAAACAAGGAGGAAGACAAGCAAGAAGAACAAAGCCGCACUGCAGUGCACUGCGCAUUCACCCACCCACUCAGCAGCACGCACUGGCUGACCGUGAGUGAAGCGCAGCAGAGGUCGCAGAGGAAAGCGAGCACCCGCAGCCACAAUCCCAAUCCAGCAAGAGACACGACCGAGCAAACAGCAGAGCAAGGUCGGCGUGCAGCCAGGCAGAGGAGGAGGAGAAAGUUCUCCCCCCACCCACCUGCUCCCAAGCACCAUAACCGCAACCAUGUCGUCUGACGACUCGCCAAUCGACGUGGCUGCGCUCUCGCGAAAGGCAGAGCAGAUUAUCCGCGAGCUGGCAGAAGGCCAGGAGACGUUCGACUUCACAGAGGAGGUUGCCGAGUAUGAGAACACAAUCUCCUCGCAACGCAAGCAGCUUGACACCUUGUACCAUUGGCUCGCCGAACACGCACCCGACGGCUCAUGGAAGGAGGGCCUCGAUGCAGAGUCGCUCAGUAACAUUGCGGUUGUGGAAGGCCUGCACGGGCGCAUCGCGGAGCUGCGGAGAAAGCUGAGGGCCCGCCAACGCCGCCAACAAGGAGCAGCAGGACGACAUUGCGCAUCUGAAGCAGCAGCUGGAAGCAGCAGAGCAGGCCGCCGCCGCCGCCAAGAAGGAGGCCGAGGUGCUCCGGGCAGAGUCGCUCAAGCAGGAAGAGGCGGCAGCAGCGGCGGCAGCAGCGACCAACGGCGACACCAAGCGCCUCGCAGCCGAACUCGCCGCCGUCAGGGACGAGCUGCACCACAGCAAAGAGAUGCGGACGAAAGAGCGCGAGGCAUUUGAACAGCGUCGAAGCGAGCUGGAGGAGGAAAUGAGGGAGAGCAAGGAAACACACCAGGCAGCCGUGGCGGCGCACAAGGAACGCGUUGCCACGCUGCAAGCCAUGGUGGACGAGCAGCAGGCGGCUGCUGCAACCGCUCAGCGCACACACGACAGUGACGUGGCCUCACUCAACAGCACCAUCGCGCAGCUCAAUCAACGGCUCAAUACAGCGGCGGAGGAGGCUGAGAAGGACGCAGCGGCGAGCGCGGAGAAGCAGCGCAAGACGCAAGGUGCGCUUGAGGAGACGCAGAAAGCUCUUGAGGACGCGCGGACGGAGCUUCGGCUUCGGGAGGCCUCGCUGACGCAGCUUGAGCAGAGCCUGGGCGAGCGUGAGGCGGAGCUGAGUGCGAGCGAGGCGGCACUUGGUGCGGCGCGCGAUGAGGCGUCCAAGGCGGCAGCGGAGGCGAGCAGCGCUGGGGAGCGAGCGCGUGCUGCUGAGGCGUCUGCACGGGAGCUUGAGGAGCGCGUUGCUGAGGCAGCGCGUGAGCUUGAGGUGCGUGAGGAGCUUGAUGCGCAGCUGCGGAGCGUGCGCGUUGAGCUUGAGAAGCAGCAGGAGGCGGCUGCGGCGAGCGACCAGAGCGCGGAGGUCGCGCGGCUGAAGAAGCUGUGCGGGGAGAAGAUGCGCGAGGUUGGCGAGCUGCAGGAGGCGCUUGAUGCGAGUGCGAGCGCGCGCAGUGAGCUUGAGGGCGAGUUGCGGCGAGCACAGGACGGACAGCGGGAGGCUGAGAAGGACGCAGCGGCGAGCGCGGAGAAGCAGCGCAAGACGCAAGGUGCGCUUGAGAGCCUGCAGAAGGAGCACGAGCGCGCGCGGACGGAGCUUCGGCUUCGGGAGGCCUCGCUGACGCAGCUUGAGCAGAGCCUGGGCGAGCGUGAGGCGGAGCUGAGUGCGAGCGAGGCGGCACUUGGUGCGGCGCGCGAUGAGGCGUCCAAGGCGGCAGCGGAGGCGAGCAGCGCUGGGGAGCGAGCGCGUGCUGCUGAGGCGUCUGCACGGGAGCUUGAGGAGCGCGUUGCUGAGGCAGCGCGUGAGCUUGAAGUGAAGCCGUGCGGCGUGCGUGAGGAGCUUGAUGCGCAGCUGCGGAGCGUGCGCGUUGAGCUUGAGAAGCAGCAGGAGGCGGCUGCGGCGAGCGACCAGAGCGCGGAGGUCGCGCGGCUGAAGAAGCUGUGCGGGGAGAAGAUGCGCGAGGUUGGCGAGCUGCAGGAGGCGCUUGAUGCGAGUGCGAGCGCGCGCAGUGAGCUUGAGGGCGAGUUGCGGCGAGCACAGGACGGACAGCGGGAGGCUGAGAAGGACGCAGCGGCGAGCGCGGAGAAGCAGCGCAAGACGCAAGGUGCGCUUGAGAGCCUGCAGAAGGAGCACGAGCGCGCGCGGACGGAGCUUCGGCUUCGGGAGGCCUCGCUGACGCAGCUUGAGCAGAGCCUGGGCGAGCGUGAGGCGGAGCUGAGUGCGAGCGAGGCGGCACUUGGUGCGGCGCGCGAUGAGGCGUCCAAGGCGGCAGCGGAGGCGAGCAGCGCUGGGGAGCGAGCGCGUGCUGCUGAGGCGUCUGCACGGGAGCUUGAGGAGCGCGUUGCUGAGGCAGCGCGUGAGCUUGAGGUGAGCCGUGCGGCGUGCGCGAAGCAGAAGGAACUGCGUGAGCAGGACCGGCGGGAGAUGGACGAGGCGCUGAGUGCGAGCGAGGCGACGUACGAGGCCGUGAAGACGGAGCAGGCGAAGCGGAUUGCGGAGCUCGAGCGCCUUGUCGGGGAGGCGCGUACGCGGGAGACGCAGGUGCGUGAGGAGCUUGAUGCGCAGCUGCGGAGCGUGCGCGUUGAGCUUGAGAAGCGGCAGGAGGCGGCUGCGGCGAGCGACCAGAGCGCGGAGGUUGCGCGGCUGAAGAAGCUGUGCGGGGAGAAGAUGCGCGAGGUUGGCGAGCUGCAGGAGGCGCUUGAUGCGAGUGCGAGCGCGCUGCAAGCCUGGAGCGAGCGUGAGGCGGAGCUGAGUGCGAGCGAGGCGGCACUUGGUGCGGCGCGCGAUGAGGCGUCCAAGGCGGCAGCGGAGGCGAGCAGCGCUGGGGAGCGAGCGCGUGCUGCUGAGGCGUCUGCACGGGAGCUUGAGGAGCGCGUUGCUGAGGCAGCGCGUGAGCUUGAGGUGAGCCGUGCGGCGUGCGCGAAGCAGAAGGAACUGCGUGAGCAGGACCGGCGGGAGAUGGACGAGGCGCUGAGUGCGAGCGAGGCGACGUACGAGGCCGUGAAGACGGAGCAGGCGAAGCGGAUUGCGGAGCUCGAGCGCCUUGUCGGGGAGGCGCGUACGCGGGAGACGCAGGUGCGUGAGGAGCUUGAUGCGCAGCUGCGGAGCGUGCGCGUUGAGCUUGAGAAGCAGCAGGAGGCGGCUGCGGCGAGCGACCAGAGCGCGGAGGUCGCGCGGCUGAAGAAGCUGUGCGGGGAGAAGAUGCGCGAGGUUGGCGAGCUGCAGGAGGCGCUUGAUGCGAGUGCGAGCGCGCGCAGUGAGCUUGAGGGCGAGUUGCGGCGAGCACAGGACGGACAGCGGGAGGCUGAGAAGGACGCAGCGGCGAGCGCGGAGAAGCAGCGCAAGACGCAAGGUGCGCUUGAGAGCCUGCAGAAGGAGCACGAGCGCGCGCGGACGGAGCUUCGGCUUCGGGAGGCCUCGCUGACGCAGCUUGAGCAGAGCCUGGGCGAGCGUGAGGCGGAGCUGAGUGCGAGCGAGGCGGCACUUGGUGCGGCGCGCGAUGAGGCGUCCAAGGCGGCAGCGGAGGCGAGCAGCGCUGGGGAGCGAGCGCGUGCUGCUGAGGCGUCUGCACGGGAGCUUGAGGAGCGCGUUGCUGAGGCAGCGCGUGAGCUUGAGGUGAGCCGUGCGGCGUGCGCGAAGCAGAAGGAACUGCGUGAGCAGGACCGGCGGGAGAUGGACGAGGCGCUGAGUGCGAGCGAGGCGACGUACGAGGCCGUGAAGACGGAGCAGGCGAAGCGGAUUGCGGAGCUCGAGCGCCUUGUCGGGGAGGCGCGUACGCGGGAGACGCAGGUGCGUGAGGAGCUUGAUGCGCAGCUGCGGAGCGUGCGCGUUGAGCUUGAGAAGCAGCAGGAGGCGGCUGCGGCGAGCGACCAGAGCGCGGAGGUCGCGGGGCUGAAGAAGCUGUGUGGGGACAAGAUGCGCGAGGUUGGCGAGCUGCAGGAGGCGCUUGAUGCGAGUGCGAGCGCGCGCGUUAGCUUGAGGCCGAGUUGUGGCGAGCACAGGACGGACAGCGGCAGCCUGAGAAUGACGCAUCGGCGAGGGCUGAUAAGCAUCGCGUCCAAGGCGGCAGCGGAGGCGAGCAGCGCUGGGGAGCGAGCGCGUGCUGCUGAGGCGUCUGCACGGGAGCUUGAGGAGCGCGUUGCUGAGGCAGCGCGUGAGCUUGAGGUGAGCCGUGCGGCGUGCGCGAAGCAGAAGGAACUGCGUGAGCAGGACCGGCGGGAGAUGGACGAGGCGCUGAGUGCGAGCGAGGCGACGUACGAGGCCGUGAAGACGGAGCAGGCGAAGCGGAUUGCGGAGCUCGAGCGCCUUGUCGGGGAGGCGCGUACGCGGGAGACGCAGGUGCGUGAGGAGCUUGAUGCGCAGCUGUGGAGCGUGCGCGUUGAGCUUGAGAAGCAGCAGGAGGCGGCUGCGGCGAGCGACCAGAGCGCGGAGGUUGCGCGGCUGAAGAAGCUGUGCGGGGAGAAGAUGCGCGAGGUUGGCGAGCUGCAGGAGGCGCUUGAUGCGAGUGCGAGCGCGCGCAGUGAGCUUGAGGGCGAGUUGCGGCGAGCACAGGACGGACAGCGGGAGGCUGAGAAGGACGCAGCGGCGAGCGCGGAGAAGCAGCGCAAGACGCAAGGUGCGCUUGAGGAGACGCAGAAAGCGCUUGAGGAGGCGCGGAAGGGCGCUGAUGCUGCAAGGCGGGAGCUUGAGGAGGCGAAGCAGGCGCAUGCCGGGGAGGUGAAGCGGCUUGAGGGCGCUGUUGCUGAGGCAGCGCGGGAGGAGGAAGCGCUGCGGGCGCAGCAGAAGAAGCUGCAGGAGCUGCGGGAGGAAGACAAGCGAGCCAUGGACGAGGCACUUGCGGAGAGCAAGGCGACGCACGGCAAGGUGCAGGGCGAGCUGAAGGACCGCAUUGCCGAGCUCGAGCGACGCCUCGACGCCACCAGCGAUGACAGCAAGCACCGUGAAUCCGAGCUUGCAAGCAAAGCACAGGACCUUGAGCAGCAGCUGGCAGCCCUUCGUGCCGUCAGUGAGACAGACAAGGCCAACCUUACGCGGCUGGAGUCUGAAGCCGCAUCCAGUGCUGAUGAGAUUGCGCGCCUUCAAGCACGUGUUGAUGAGCUGACACGUGCGCUGAGGGCGUGCGAGGAGAGCAAGCAGGACGAAGGCAACGCGCGCGCUGCCGCUGCCCAGGCAGAGAACCGGCGCCUGUCGCAGCAGGUUGCCGAGCUUGAGGCCAAGGCCCUUGCCCUGGAGGCACAGGUGGAGCAGCAACGGCGGGAGUGGGCGGCAGCGGUGGAGGAAGAGGCUGCAGCAGCCGCACAGCUGCGCACAGACCUGCAGGAGGCGAUGGCACGCGCGGCGCGGGCGGAGGAGGUUGCGGCCGCACACCAGGAGUUGGAGGACAUGCGGCCCGCAGCCGAGCAGGUGGCGGCGCUGACGGCGGAGUUGGAGCAGACGCAAGGAACUGACGCGCUGCGGGAGCGGUUGCAGCGGCGGGCGUCGUCGACAUCGUCGUCGUCGUCCAGGGUGGCGCGGUCCCCACGCCCGGAGACGCCAUCGCGGCGGCUGAGCAGCGCGUUUGUCAAGGCGUCGAAGGACGCGGUGCACAGGGCGGUGUCUGACGUGCUGCAGAAGCACGGGCUUGGGGACGAGCACGUGUCGUUCCUUGGUCGGGGUAAGUACCGGUUCCGGUAUGGCAACGACUUUAAGGUGGUGAAUGUGGCGCAGCGCGGCAACAACUUCAUGGUGCGUGUUGGCGGGGGCUGGGUGUCGCUUGACGAGUUUAUUCGGGAGUACGUGGAGAAGCACCGCUACCACUACCAGGACGCCAGCCUCGAAGACACAGCCGCCUUCAAGUUCAGCAAGAAGCACCACGAUGAAGUGCACAAGAAGAAGUAG